AUUUAUUUUACCUGUAUGUAUAUAUAUGUGUGUGUGUGUGUGUAGACACGCUUACACAAAACACAUACCAGUAAAUGAUAAUGGGAAAAUCCUCUCACAAAUAACCAGAAAAAAUUUAUUAAAAAGUGACAGUCUACCCGCAAAUCUACUCCAUGCUCUAUUUAUAACAAAGCACGGAGUGUACUUGAGGGUAGACUCAACAGUUUUAAUACAUUUGUUUCUGAUUAUUUGUGAGAGGAUUUUGCGUUAAGCCUGAUGAACCUACAACACGCCAGCUGACUGAGGUGCUCACAACCAUUGCACGUAGUCUCAGUGAACAGCUAGAAGAAUACAAUGCCAGGCCUCAUCCUCGGAACCUAGUGUACUCUGCCCUUGAUAAGGGUAUGGAGGAAUAUAUGGCCUUGUACAUGUCCCGUGUUAAUGGUCGUCAGCAGGUCCUUAUUACUCGGUACUCGAGUGCAAGGCCCAGCCUGUUAAUGCCUUGGCAAACAUCACUUUAGGAGAUGAUGAUGAUGGCACCACCGAUGAUGAUAUUAAAGUGUUGGGUGACUUACUGGUGGAAGAGCUGCCUCAAGACUUUGAUGCUGAGGUUAGAGGAGGAAGCAGUAACCUGCCUCAGAACCCAUCAACCAGCCCCUCAAGCCAUCCAGCGUGAGGAAGAAAAAGUUAAACGCUCAAUGAAGGAAGCUGCUAAAAAAGGUGAUAAAGAUGUAUGCCGGAUGCUUGCCAAGGAAAUUAUACAGUCACGAAAAGCUGUUACUCGGAUUUACACGAGCAAGGCUCAUCUCAACUCUGUACAGUCACAGAUGAAGGCACAGUUAGUAGUCACUGUUAUCAUUAAGGACUGUCUUCAUCACUGAUCGGCUCAUUAGCUGCUUGGGCGGUUGGUCACGUCUCUGUUACGCACUGUUGGCAUGCAC